AUGGAGGUCCCGGUUAUUAACAGAAUAAGCGAUUUUGACGUGGGGAUAAACUCGAUAAACCACCCGUCGUUUUUAUCUCGAGCUUUCCACGGAAAGUUACAUCACGCUUAUAGUUUCUUGAAAUGGGGAGCUUUGUUGCUAAUUGCAUUCGUUGCUUCAUUCACUACCUUAAUUACAAGACUCAGAAGUCUUGUAGUCCUUAGAUUAAGAAAUGCAGACGUUUCUCUACCUUCUCCAACUCUUCUCUAUGAUUACGACAGCGACUCCGAUUCCUCUUGCUCGUCAGACUCCUCGGACGAUGAGGAAGACGAAGAUUAUGACGAUGACAAAGAAGAUGACUCGGUCAAUGGCGGUUUACGCGUUAAAAGAUCCGGUUAUUUCCAGGGCAACAAUGAUGAUGAGAAGGGUAUAAAUGGAAAUAUCCCCUGGAUGCGCCGGUGCAGUGGUAGCUUCGGGGACUUGUUGUCCUGGCCAGAUCUUGGUGGGCUUGGCUCAAGUGGAGUCGUGAAGCUGUGGGACCAUCUCGAUAUCAACGGAGAAAGAAGUCGCCCUGCGGAGAAGAAAGGCUUCGAUGCCGUGGAAGUUAGUGCAUGGGAUGCACGCAUCGGAUUCGUGAUGCCGGCACUAAUCGCCGAAUGGACGCAGCCGGGGAGGUUGCUUGGGAAUGUGGUAAGGGUCAAUGGCGGUGACGUAGACAAGAUCUACGUCGGUGGGGAGAUCACGGUGGGAGACAUGAGGAUUUGA